UAGUUCCAAUAACAAAAUGUUUGAGGUUUUGGUAGUUGUGGUUGUUUUAGUCCUUAUUUACUAUAACGUACAAUGUCAAAAACAUAAGGCUAAAUAUAAGGCCUUUUAUGAUUUGCCUACCCCUUUGUAUAUACCACUUAUUGGAAAUACAUGGAAGAUGCUGGGAACCAAUAUUUUAAAUGCCAUAAACGAUUUCUUCAAGGACUUUGGAAACAGUACUGUGGCUUAUAUUCCACAUAGAACAUAUUUUACCUCCAGAUAUGAGGAAUUAAAAAUAUUGUUACAACAUCCUAAUGUUUUAGAAAAAAGUUUGGAGUAUAACCAUUUGAAAGCAAUUUUCGGAAAUUCUUUACUUUUAGCUCCAGUCCCAAUAUGGAAAAAACAUAGAAAAUUAAUUUCCAGAAGUUUUAAACAAUCAAUAUUAGAUUCUUUUACACCAAUAUUCUAUGAGAAGAGCUGUACUCUUAUUAAAAUAUUAAAAGAAAAAAAAUAUGAUGAAAAUGAUAUCUACCAUUUGUUUGAAAAGUUUACUUUGGAUACUUUUUGUGAGGCAACACUUGGGAUUGAAAGUACAAUUUUAACAGAUGUAAAAGAACAUGAAUUUGUAACAGGGAUUACAUUGAUUCAAAAGAAAGCCUUUGAAAGAAUAGGAAACAUUAUCAAAAUGAAUGAUUUUCUGUUUUCCUUAUGCCAUGAUGGAAAAAUAUUUUAUAAACAGAUGAAAAUUUUAUGUAAUUACAUAGAAAAAAUUAUGCAUAAAAAGAAGAUACUGAUUGAAGAACAUAAUGAAGCUUUAUUGAACACAAAUACGCUGCCAGUUUUGGAUUUAUUGCUUCAAAAUGAAGAAAAGGAAAACCUAACUGACAAUUACAUCAAAGAAGAAAUGAUCUUGUUUGCUGGAGCAGCUACCGACACAACAGCUUACACUUUGGCCUACACAUGUUGUUUAUUGGCUAUGCACCCGGAAGCUCAGGAAAAAGUAUACCAAGAAGUAAUGUCUUUGGUGGGUCGUGAAGGAGAAAUAACUAAUAUGACCCUUAACGAUUUAAAAUACACUGAAAUGGCCAUAAACGAAGCACAACGAUUAUUACCUGUUGUACCCAUUAUUGCCAGACAAGCAACUGCGGACAUCGAACUUCCUGAUAAAGUUAUACCAGCAAACUCGGGCAUUAUAAUGAACUUCAUGGAUCUGCAUAGAAACAAAGACAUUUAUCCUGAUCCUAUGAGAUAUGAUCCUGAUCGAUUUUUACCGGAAGAAGUUGCAAAAAGACCGCAGUUUUCUUUCUUGCCCUUUUCUGGAGGACCGAGAAAUUGCAUAGGCUUGAAAUAUGCAACCAUGGUGCUUAAAAGCUCACUUGCAAAUAUCGUAAGAAAUUUUAAAAUAUCUACUAUUUAUACUUCUAUACACGAUUUGAAAUUAGAGUCCAGCAUUGUUAUGACGACUGCUCAUCCUUUGGAUUGCCAUUUUACAUUUAGAACUAUUUAACUUACAUAAUAUAUAUUUUAGCUAAAAUUAUUUAUUUUAUCAAAUUUUACCAAUGCCUAUUAUUUAAUAUAUUUGUUUUUAAUGUACCAAGUUUUA